GGGAGCAGGGGGUGUAUGCAUGGUUGCAAAGUGGGGAACUGGGUUAGUGGGGCUCCCGGCCUGUGCCCUGGGAACUGGGAAAGGCCACGGAUACUUAUAGCGAUGAAGAACGUCGCCUGGGCAUGGAGGGGCGGCAGUGGUGCACUGGUGGUGUGGUGAGCCGAUGAAGUUGUGCCUCCUCAGGAAGAAAAGGAAGUUCUGAAGGCAGAAGAGCCCUGGGGCUGAGAUAAAGGGGUUCCCAAGAUGCAAGGAAGGGAAUCGAUUUGGGGGAUCGGCCGUUGCUAGGAAGGCUCAGGGUACUGGAUGGGUGACGCCUUGGGGGCUGACAGGCGGAAAGGCGGGAGCCCAGAUGUCCUGGGGUCGACCAGAUGGAACUCAGGUGUGGGCUGGCCAGAGUUCCUUUGAGGGGCAGAGGUAGGCCCUUGGACUGUGGGCUAAGGAGCAGUCGGGAUGGGGACGCUCAAAAGAGAAGGAGAUCCUUAACUUUUGUCCCCUCCGCCGCUCCCAGCUGCCGCUCCUGAUGCUGCUGCUGCCGCCGCGGCCGCCCCACCCACGGUCCUCCUCCCCGGAGGCCAUGGACCCGCCGCCCCCCAAGGCGCCCCCUUUCCCCAAGGCGGAAGGCCCCGGCUCUACCCCUUCCUCGGCGACCGGGUCCCGAGCCCCACGGCUGGGCCGCCACCUGCUCAUCGACGCUAACGGGGUCCCCUACACGUACACGGUGCAGCUGGAGGAGGAGCCCCGGGGCCCGCCCCCACGCGAGGUGGCCCCUGGGGAGCCCGGCCCGCGCAAGGGCUACAGCUGCCCGGAGUGCGCCCGUGUCUUUGCGAGCCCGCUGCGGCUGCAGAGCCACCGCGUGUCGCACUCGGACCUCAAGCCCUUCACGUGCGGCGCCUGCGGCAAGGCCUUCAAGCGCUCCAGCCACCUGUCGCGGCACCCCCAGCUCCAGGCCAUCCUGCACGGGCAACUCUAG